UGCUAUGUCAAGAAUGGGCAAGUAGGGCAAGGCCACCCGUGACUAGAAAACACUGAAUGUGUGAGGAUGCGUGCUUUUGUUGACUUUUGCGUUAUUUUUGAUUGGAUAUAGUUUUGUUUCAUGCUGUGUCUUGUUUUCUUGUGUCCCUUGCGCAUGUAUGUCCAGCUUGCUCGUUAUGCCUUCGUCACCACCUGUUCUUGUCGGCCCAUCAGCUCCCUCCAGCCACUGGUGUUAUGUUCAGGUGUGCUUCAUUGUCUCGUCAGUCUGUUUGUAUUAAGUUCCCUGUUUUCUUUCAGCCAAGUCUCAGUUCAUUGUCCUACAUCUCGUCGUCUUGCCUGUCCUGCUCCCCUGCACUUGGGUCCACCUGUGUUUUUGACUGCACUCCACCACAACAAAUCCACCACUCCAAACAUGACAGAUUGAAGCGAGCAUACAGGGACUCACCAGGAGGCACACCACAUCAACCUGCAUGCCAUCGGGCUGCUCGCUAUCACCCUCAGCCUGCUGACCAAGCCAACGCUCAACUUGUUCAAGCCCAAAGUCGGAGCAGGGUGCGGCACCCCUCGCGCAACUUUCUCCCCCACUUUGCGCCCUCCAGCAGCGGGGAGACUCACCUGCAGGAGACGGUGACUUCCACCUUGGUGGCGGUCCAUCUCGAGAGCGCGCGGUGGCUCCGGUCGGAUCCGGGAAGCGCACAGCCUGGCCCCGAGGGAGCGCGUCGAGUCCGCACCGACUCCGGAGACCAGAUCAGAGACCGGGCGGCCUCCGGUCCGACCCGGUGAGGCAGCCACUUCAGAGACGUCGAGGCUGGAGAUGAAGGCGAGGAGUGUGCUGGGGAUGGCUAAGGUGCAGUUGAUGAUGUGUCCGAGUUUGGCCGAGUGCUCGUGUGCUCGUGUGCUGAGCUUCUCCUGCUCUGUCUUCACUCGCUGUGCACGGUGGAGCGUGUGGAGAGGAAACGCAGCAGAGGCGCGCAAACGUAUCGUACGCCUCCCCUGAGUGAAUCACACCCAAAUGUUGGCGACCGUGCCCAAAGCGCACUCUUGCUGCGUGCCGUGUGCUGUGUGCGCACUCGUGCUUCGGUCACGCACCGAUAUCUGUGGGGAGUUGACGUUAUUACAAAAAUAAAUAAAGGAACAAUGGCACAGAUAUGUAAUUCAAUAAUAGGCUUGACAAUGCGAUGGCUGUGGGAUGGGUCAAUUAUUAAAUCAGUGUUCUAGAAUACCAAAAUUAGGGAUUCCCCAGUGACUUGCUGCUGGUAAAAUGAUGAAAAUGACUUACAAUGAAGAGCGAAACGACUUUCUGUGUAUUUUUCUGUGCAUGGUUAUUGUAUUUGCUUUUUAUUGAAGUCUAAAUUUAGCUAUGUUAUUCAUUUUACCAGUAUUCGGGUCAUAUUAUUAUCAUUAUUAUUAUUAUUAUUGAUCUAAAAUCAUUUCAAGGCCACCAUAAUGCAUAGCUUCACUAAAAAAUGCUGGGCAAAAAUACGCGAGGAUAAAAUAGAACUCACAUACACUAUUUGCUUCAUCAGGUACCCCUGCAAUCUAAUAAGACUUCCAUCCAGCCAUUUUCUAUACCGCUUAUCCUAGGGACACAGGUGAGCUGGACACUUUGGACUGGACACCGGCCAAUCACAGGGCACAUAUAGACAAACAACCAUUCACGCUCACAACCACACCCUUGACUUUAGUGUCUUCAAUUAUCAUUACCUGCAAAUUUUUGGAAUGUGGGAGGAAACCGGAGUGCCCAGAAAACUCACCCAAGCACAGGGAUACCGUACAAACUCCGCACGAGGCCUGAGCCCGGAUUUGAACCCCCAACCUCAGAACUUUGAGGUGGGUGUGUUAACCACUUGUCCACCAUCUAAAACGGUAAGGAAAGGCAAGUUUAUUUGUACAGCACCAAAAACAAUUUUGUGGUGAUUCACAGAGGAAACGAAAUCAUGAUUAAAAACAACAUGAAAUGAAAAGAUGAAAAUCAAGAUAAAUUCCCAACAAAGAAGUAUAAAUGAUAAAUAUAACAGUAAAAUGACAAAACACAGAUUAUCAGAUUGAAAUCAGAAAAUGAAACGACGACGGUGAAAACGAUAUCUUUUUGAAGAAGCACAGAACAAUUGUUUUAACAAACGUUUUCCAGACAGGAUUAAAUGUAUAAGCAACAGUUUUAGCAGAUCUUGGGUAUUUCAAAAGUUUGUUCCAUAAAAGCCAAAUGCUUCUUCACAUUGUCUGCUUCUGUAUAAAAUUGUGUAAAAAUAAUAAUGCUUAGUUUUGACUGCCAGUGUCAGAGGUAUUUAAUUUAAUUUGCAGCACGGUGGAAGACUGGUUAGAGCGUCUGGCUCAAUGUUCUGAGGACCGGGGUUCAAUCCCCGGCCAGGCCUGUGUGGAGUUUGCAUGUUCUCCCUGUGCCUGCAUGGGUUUUCUCCGGGCACUCCGGUUUCCUCCCACAUCUUGAAAACAUGCAUGGUAGGUUAAUUGAAGUCUCUAAACUGCCCCUCGGUAUGAAUGUGAGUUUGAAGCGCUGUUUGUUUAUGUGUGCCCUACGAUUGGCUGGCAACCAGUUCAGGGUGUACCCCGCCUCCUGCCCGAUGACAGCUGGGAUAGGCUCCAGCAGGCCCACGACCCUAGUGAGGAGAAGCGGCUCAGAAAAUGGAUGGAAGGAUUUAUUAUAGUGGUUGUCAUUCGGGGCGGACUGGGGGGAAAACAUGGCCCGGGAGUCAUGGAGAGACUGGCCCAGUUCACGCGCUCCAUGGGGAGCCAGCCAGCUGGCAACACAAAUUUCAUGUAACCCGAUGAUUUUAAAAUAAUAAUAAUAAAAAAUACAUUUGAUGCUCUUUUGGACCAGAAUUCAUGGACUAUGUAAUAACCUCAUUAACCUAAAAUAAGAAAUAUUAACAAAAAGAAGGAACAGAGUAAGGACCAUAGAUC